UUCGAUUUUAGUUGCCAUAAAUGAUGAAACGCAAACAAAUUAUAUUUUCUGUUCAGGGUUUGAUUUUUUCUGCACGUAUACGCCAAUUUCCUUAGAGAAUACUCAUUUUAAAACCCAAAACGGUAUACGUAUUGCUUCGUAAACAUUUUACACAACGUGAACCAUAUUAAGUAAUCUAGCAAUUUAAUUCUCUCCGUUAUUACUCAUAUAAAAUAUAGUGUUUUGUCUUAUAUGCAACGCUUAGUUAUUGAAUAAAAGGUUUUAAGAAUUCUUAACAACCAAAGCUUGUUUCUACCUUAUAAACACAUAUAUGCGUAUGCCAAUGUAAACCCACAAGUUUACAACCCUAUAUUUCUACAAACUAAAACAGGGUUGAAAAACAUCUACUGAUGGUUUAAUAACUACGUUUAUCGAUGCCAAUUGACCAAAAUAAAUCAAAAGUAAAACCGGUCUAGGAAGUGUCGGGAAUGUUGCAAGCAAAAAGAACAACAUUUAUAUCGAAAAAUGAUUUGACAACAAUCUUAGACGUACGCCUAGUAUGCAUUGAAAAAUUUUACGAUUAAAAAAUUGAAUAAAAUAAUAAUUUAAAUAUUGAAAGGAAAUGUUUAGCUACUAAAUGGUUCUGAGUUUAGUAUGGAUUUAAGUUUGAGAGGUUCGCAGAUAAAUCUGGCUGCAAGACAAAAAGUAAAAACCAAGGGGAAACAUACUUCAUUAACAAACUUAUUGCAUACGGUCAAACGCGGUGAAUCGAGACCUAAAUCAGCCAAUAUAUAUGAAAAAAGUAACCGCAUAAUUUUAUGCACAGCACGGCCGCAAUCGGCAGAUCCGAAAUUGGGAAGAAAUUUUACAGCAAGAAGCAGCACUCAGACAUCUGACCAAUCGAUAUCCAAUUUAGGCAAAAAUAAUAAAAAACAUCUGGUGUCUUCGUCAAGUCUUUUGAAGCUCUUACUCAAAGAACCUAUAAAGCGCCAAUGGUUAUGCAAAGAUACAGCUGCCAAUAACGAAUUGGACAAUUCUUCACAAUUAAGUCCUUGUCUUAUCGGAGAUGAUGGUCUCUGCGAAAGUGCUAAAUAUAUGAAUACUUCACACAAAAGCUCUGAGCAGUCCUCUAUGCCAAAUAAGAACUGCAAGCCAAUUUCCGUUUCUCCCGUAAAUACGAAAGCAAGUUUUUAUAUAUGCAAACAGAACCUCAAAUCCUCCACCAGUACAGAUCUACUGAAAAGCAUAUCAAUUUCUCGAGUCCAAUACCAAGAAAACUGCGAUCGCAAUCAAUUCUCCGGUACGGCUUCAAACCUUGGGAAAUCUACGAGGGAAACUGAUAUAUCUUCGACAACCCAUUCUGCUCUUGAAACCGUUCAGAACCAUAAUUUGGCUACCGCGAAUUUUAAGAAAUCGGUUCGUUUUGGUGCUCACCAAAAUAAUGAAGAAAUUGUAGCAGAAACUUACGAAUAUCCGAAAUGUCCUUCCGAACAUUGUUCAUGUAGUCCUCGCAGUUCUUCUUCUAGCAGUCAACAAGGUGCAAGUCCUCAGUGUAUUUGCAACCUGACAAGUUUCAAAUACGCUUCGAAGAUAGACAAGCAUACCCCAUCUAAUUUGUUAGCUGGUAAGUCGGUUGAAAAAGGGGAGAUCCACGUCAUCAGAGAUCAUAAAAAUACCGUUGGGGACAAGUUAGAAGGUACGUUAUUUAAAAACCUGUGGGAAGAUAAAAAUCUAAAAAUAAUAGAUUGUCAGAAGUUAGAAAUACCCUUGUAUCUCUCCAAUUGCUCUGACUUAUACAAUACAAUUUUGGAGAAUCCGCAAAAACCUAAUAAUCUCGUAAACGUCGGCCCAUUAUAUGAACCAGACUUGCUGAAAAUGGAUAAAAAUUUCAAUUCAAUCGACGUCAGCAACAACUCUAAUAACUGUUUAAAGAUGGUGGCUUCAACUUCCAUUAUUAAAAAAAAAGAAAAUAGUGGAACAACUUCGGAUGCAACCAGAAAGCUGGCAAAGGGGCAUUGCCCUAGGUCAGAAGGCGAUCACAGUAGAGACAUACAGACGGUGGAAAAUGAAGAUUCAAAUUUACUUGAAUUUAAUAUUGAUAAAGUGGACACUUGGAUGUCUUCGCAUGAAUCUUUGCCAAAAAAAUUGUCGUUAAAUACUUCGAUGCUCGAUGAAAGUUUUCAGAAACUUACCAAAGAAACUUUAGAAGCAAUGAAAACUUUGGAUCCCGACAUUGAAAACGGAGCUAUCGCUAAAGAAGAGGAUGAUAAACCCUCUUCAAGCUCACAUGAUAAUUCUCAAGACGAUUCUACGUACGACGAAAUCGUUUCUGUUAUUAAAGAAAUCGAGGACGAUAAGAAAAAGGAUGAGAUGUACGGUAACUCUAAAAUUCCUGAUAAUAAGUUACAAGACAUUUUAAGUUAUCUAGAUAAUGUUGAGGACAGUUGCGAAAAAACGUUGUUAGAAACGCGCCUUACUAAACCUUCGGAAAUAGGAUUCGUCGUGGAACCGGAUAUUGUGGAAGACGUGCCAAAGCUUUCCGACUUGCUCAUGCUGCCUAAUCACCAGUUAGCGCGAAAAAUCAUCGCACUUAGUUUGAGGGCCAACGAAUUGGCAAAUGCAUUACUGCUUUCUAAAGAACACGUAGCAAAAAUUCGCACAGAGAAGCAGAAGAUUGUGCGGUCUGAGAAAUCAAAUGCAGCCCUACGUAUGAGAGAACAAAAGAAACGUUAUGAGAUAAUAGUGUGCAGACAUCAAGCCUUUAUAGAACAAUUGCUUAAAGACAAAGGGUGUCUUUGUGAGAAAGUCGCCGCUCUGACAAGGCGUUUGGAAAGUCAAACUCAAGCUUGGGAACAUAAAUUGGAAACUGAAAUUGCAAGAGUGAAAGAAAAUAUUUUGGCGAGUGAGAAAAUACGGAGAGAGCGUUGGGUCAAAGAAAAUACUAAGAAAAUAAAAGAGCUUACCGUCAAGGGCUUAGAAACGGAAAUUAAUAAAAUGUCAACAUGCCAUCAGAAAGAAAUUACAGAACUAAAAAACCAACAUCAGCAACAUUUGCUAGCGGCCUUGGAAGAGGCGCGAGCGAAGCAUGAACAAAUUGAAAACAGCAUUAGAGAAUCGUGCACUCAAGACAGAGAAUCUACAAUUGCUAAAGAGAGAGCUGUGCUUAGAGAAAGAUUUGAGAAACAAAUAGAAGAGGAAAGGGAAGCCUUUAAUAAAGAAAAACAAAAGUUUGUUGAAGAUUUCCAUCAAGAAAAGGAAAAUCUUUUAAGAGAUUUAAAAACCAGGGAAGAAGACAUGCAAAGUAGAAAACUAGAAUGGCAAAAAGAUAAAGAAAUUGAAUUCCAGCGGACUACCAAAGAAAUACAGGAAAAAAUGUUAAAACAAGAAGAAAGGUACCAAAAUCGCUUAAAUACUAUUGAAAAACAGUACGAAGCUGAUUUCGAGGUAUGGAAAAAAGAGCAUGAGAAUAAUUGCAAAAUGCAACAAGUGGAAAAGGAGAAUGCUGUUAGACAAUAUUAUAGAGCUGAACGAGAUAGGCAAAUUGACUCCAUUGUGCAACGAAUGGACGCAGAAUCUUUAAAGAAUAAUGAAGAAUAUCAAGUUAAGAUUAGUCGUUUAAAGCAAAAAUAUGAAAAAGAUUUGCAAGAAGCUGAAGUUGUGGAAAGGUCUGUAAGAGAGAAAUACACUAUAACUCGCAACAAGUUAGCGGAAUCCGACGCUCAGGUGAAAAAUCUUCAAGCUGAUAUUAAACGUAUGAACAUGGAGUUGGAACAUAGUAAAAAGAUGUGCAAAGACUUUCUCAACGAACGCGAACAAUUAAGAGAAAAUUUGAAAAGCGAAUUGCAGGGGGAGAUGCAAGGAUUAAAAAUUGGACGGGAUCAGGAGAUACAGCAAAUCCAUAAACGAGUUCAGCAGGCCAUUGAAAAGAAAGAUGCUACAAUAGAUAUCCUGCAAAAAGAAAACGCCACCCUUAGGGAAAGAUGUUUGAAAUUAGAGGCCAUCAUAAGACAACAGAGAAAAGAUUACUGUGUCAAAUGAAAGAUAUCAAAAAAGCUGGAAUUUAAGAAAUGGAAAACAUAUAUUAAGAAUGAACCCAAGUUUCCUUAGUUUUUUUAAAUUGUAAAUACCAGGUAGCUAAUUAAUUAUUAUCAAUAUAAUUAAAUUUGAUUUUUGUCCAUAAAAACUUCAUUUUCAAAAAACGCUUACCUGAAAAGAGGAAGAGUGUGUCAAAAUGUUCUCAUCCUCCUUAAAUUUAUUCGUAAAUACGCAAAAGUUGGAUGUUUAAAUAAUAACAAAGUUAUUUUAUUAGUUGGAGAACCUUCGGACCAUAAUGUCUAGGCAAGCCACUAAAAUAUUUCAAAGUGAUCAAAGCAAAUAAAUAUUUGCAAUUUUUCCAACAAAUAAUAAACUUGGUGUAUUAACGUUAAAGUAUGCAUAUGUUCGUCUCGUGGUCAAAUGAAGAAAGCCGUAUCACUGCUCGAAGUAAUAUGGAAGAACGGCUAGCCGUUGAAGCCUUUGGAUCUGCCUGAAACAUUACUGCCGGAUCGUGGUACAUGGAACACGCUGAGAGUGUUUAGUUGCAAAAAAUACACUUGUUAACUGAAGGAAAUGGAAAGAAAUAAUAAAUGAUAAAAGAAAUUUUGCGAUUUUGAAUAAAAACGUCAGUACUGCAACAAUACGUAUACUGCCUUCAAGAAGAAGAAGAAAGAAUGCCAGCGCGGAGCAAAUGCUUUUUUUUAAGGUUAAAGCGCCUCCAUCACUAAGAGCUAGAUGGCAUAGGAAGUUAUUAAGAAGGAAGUGCUUAUGAAACUAUGACUUAUUGAGCCAAUUACCUAUUUUUAUA